AUGUCGCCGGAAGCCAUUUCGGGGCCAUCCAGCAGCAUGGAUGCCAGCAACGACCCACUGAGCAUCAUUCGGCGAGCUCUUGUUGCCGAGCAGCAAGUGAUUCGUGUAAGUGACAGCAAUACACGCGAAACCUACGAUGUUACGCUCUCGCGCGAGACGCCGUAUGCUUCGCCGUUUGGCAUGAGCAACGGGCAAGCACAUGAAUAUAGCGUACCGAACCCGCGGCGCAGACGCCAUCGGUGGAAGCGCUCGACGUCUGCUACCGGCAACAAUGAAGAGGAUGUGUCGCCGUCCGAUACCCCCCGGACGCAGCGCAACGCGUUUUGGGGCACGGACAAGAUGCAAAAGACGACAAGCGCGAAGCGGACCCCCGACGCGAGCGCCUUGCCGACAGAGCCAGAGCACAACGUGGAUGUGCCGUUAUUUGACGAGAAUACACUGCUCCGCCCGCGGAAGCGCUGGCGUGCGCGGCAGGGGCAGAGCCAAACGAGGCCUUCGACGCCGCCAAAAGAGGCGGGCGUGCGCCGUUCGUCCCUCGACGCAACGCUGGGCCGCACACCGUCUCUCGCGCCACUUCAAAAUGACCGUGGCCCAACACCGUAUGCACGCGAAGAUGACUUCAGUGCACCCCAGUUCAAGGAGAAUUCAUGGCCGAAAGGCGACCCUUUGUUUCCUUACGUGCCCCACAAUGAGCCCGAGAUCGAGCCAGACGCGCGGCUCGACACACAGUUCGCGCCGUCGCUCUUUGGGCCCGCCAAGGUCCCAGAAAGCGAACGAAACGUGCCUGCACCGCCGUUGCCCUCGCUCAAUAUCCUCUCGCUCGCGCCGGAAAUACAAAAAGAUGCCAGUAUCGAUGCGCUUCCCGCCAAGUCAGACGCAAGUUUCCACACGCCCCUCAAUGUCUCGUUUGGCGCACAGUCUCCAGUGCCGGGCACACAGUCCGCUGCGCGCCGCCAGCGCCCAGCGCCUGCACGCUCCACCAGCACCGUAACGCGACGCCUGAGCGCCACGAGCCACGAGAGCGUGUCCUCCACCUCGGCGCACCAAGAACCGACUUCGUUUGACCAAGAAAUGGCGCAGAAUGCGGACAAUCUGCGCCGCUUGCGCCGCGCCAAGGAGAAACGGAAGCAAAGCCGCAACCCCGCCUCACCGAGACCGACAGUCUCGGCACCGGUGGCGACGCUCGGCAGCGACCACGCGCGUCCCGACGAAUACAAACCAAAUGUGCUCGUCGGCAACUUGAUCGGCGAAGAGCAUGCCAACUAUGUGCUCAUGUACCAUAUGCUCACCGGCAUCCGUAUCGGUGUCUCCCGCUGUGAAUCCCGCCCAAAAUCACCGCUGACACGCGCAGACUUCUCCGCCAAGUACAAGUUCACUUUUGACAUUAUCGGCAACGAGCUGAGCCCCUCGUCCAGCUACGACUUCAAGUUCAAAGACUAUGCGCCGGCGGUAUUCCGCCAGCUGCGCGAGCACUUCCACCUCGAUGCGGGCGAUUACCUCUUUGCGCUCACAGCCAAGUAUAUCCUCUCGGAGCUCGGGUCCCCGGGAAAAAGCGGCUCGUUUUUCUAUUUCUCGCGCGACUACCGCUUCAUCAUCAAAACCAUCCGGCAAGAGGAGCAGAAAUUUUUGAUGAAGAUCCUUCCCGAGUACUACAAGCAUGUGCGUGCAAACCCACAGACGCUGCUCAGCCAGUUUUACGGGUUACACCGCGUAAAGCUGCCGGGAGGACGCAAGGUGCACUUUGUCAUUAUGAACAAUCUGUUUCCGCCCCACCGCGACAUUCACGAAAUUUACGAUUUAAAAGGCAGCUUGGUAAACCGUGACCAGCGAUCGACAAAGCCCAACGUCGUGCUCAAAGACAAGAACUGGGUCAGGCGCGGCAUGUACAUCCAACUUGGCCCAGCCAAGCACGCGCUCUUUGCCGAACAGCUUAAAAGCGACGUCGCGCUCUUGAAGCGGCUCAACAUUAUGGACUAUAGUUUGCUGAUGGGUGUGCACGAUUUGCGCAUCGGCAACCAUAACCAGCUGCAGCACGAGCUGCAAGUGUUCCAGCCAGAAGCGGAGCGGUCCAAUACCGUGUCUACCGGCGCCGGCGAUCUGCCCCAAUCGCCCAAUUCGCCGAAACAACGCUCCGUGCGCCGCCCAAGCUUUUUAGCGUUGAAUUCAGACGAGCCCAUAUCGCCGGAUACAAUGCUGCCUUCGCCGCAUGGCGGCAGUAAGGAUCCACAUGCUCUGCGCUCUGCGCUCCGCCAAGCGGACCCAACAGUGCUCUCUGCACAAACCGCGACGAAACUGCCGAGCAACAUGGCCCCUCGUUCCAACUACGUAUUUUACCAGGACGAGGGCGGAUUUCGGUCGACCAACCAACACAACGAGGAUACCAAUUAUCUCUACUACUUUGGCAUCAUCGACUUGUUCACCCAGUACAAUGUUGUCAAGCGCUGCGAGCAUGUCUGGAAAAGCAUCCUGUAUAACCCGCGGCUUAUCAGUCCCGUGAAUCCAGUCCAGUACGGUAACCGUUUUGUCCGGUUCCUCUUGGCGAAAAAAGGAGAGGCCGUCGCUGCGGCAGAAGGAAAAGGUAGCAAUGUAAUCUAG